GCAAAUGGCAAGUUGGAAAUGCUGAGGAAUCAAGACCCCCAGGAGCAGCCCUCACCCGAACAUGAGGUGUACAAACACCCCAGAUUCACAGCUCCCUCAGAGAGAAUUCAUAGUGGUGAGAAACUCUAUGAAGAUGAAGAAUGUGGGAAGGCCUUUAGUUAUGCCUCAAACCUUGCUCAACACGGAAGAGUUCAUAUUGGAGCAGACAGCCAGGACUCCAAGAUGGCAUCAGUCGUACCACUGAAGGAGAAGUUCCUGGAUGUCAAAUUAGGGGAGCUGCCACACUGGAUACUAAUGCAGGAUUUCAUCCCUAAAUACAUUGCUGGAGCAUUUCAAAGAGGUUAUUACCAGUAUUACCACAGUAUUUUAACGUGAAGAAGGGGAGUGUUGCUGGGCUUUCUAUGGUGCUGGCAGCUUACGUGCUUUUCAACUACUGCCAUUCUUACAAGGAAAUUAAACAUGUGAGUUCCCUGGCGGUCCCACGGUUAGGACUCCACACUUUCACUGGCUAGGGCCUGAGUUCGAUCUCUGCUCAUGGAACUACAAUCCCAGAUUUUGGGGUCUUGGUUCCCCAGCUGGGGGUCAAAUCUGAGCCCCUGUGGUGGGAGCGCCAGUCCUGGCCGCUGGACCACCAGAGAAUUCCUGGCCCCAGGGAAUAUUAAUUGGCGUGAGCUCUCCCGGAGGUCCCCAUCUCGGCACCAAGACCCAGCUCCACCCAACAGCCUGCAAGCUCCAGCGCAGGACGCCUCAUGCCAAACAACCAGCAAGACAAGAACACAGCCCCACCCAUCACCCAUCAGCCUAAAGUUGUACUAAGCUCACGGACACCUCAAAACACACCCCUUGACACGGCCCUGCGCACCAGAGGGACAAGACCCAGCUCCACCCACCAGAGCACAGGCACCAAUCCCUCCCACCAGGAAGCCUACAUAAGCCCUUGGACCAAUCUCACCCACUGGGGGCAGAGACCAGAAGCAAGAGGAACUAUGACCCUGCAGCCUGCAGAAGGGAGACCACAAACACAGUAAAUUAGACAAAAUGAGAUGACAGAGGAAUAUGCUGCAGAUGAAGGAAUAAGGUAAAAAGAAAAUAAAUCUUCCAUAAACAUGAGUAGCCAAAUGACUACCACUGAAGAGGGCACACUCUACAUUCCUGACCAUGACCUUUGCCUGGCAGCCCUGAAUCCUCUCAUGUCCUAAUGGAAAAUUAACAAUAAAAGAUGACUGGUUAAAAAAAAAAAAAAAA